CCAAAAGGUGAAAAUAAAGAGAAAGAAGGAAAAUUGUUUAGUCUUGUUUGGAGAAUGCAGCUGGCAGAAAGUGGGUUAUCUCAACCAUAAAAAAAUAAGCGCUUUGAAUCUAGUCUAUUUUGACUAUUGAUCGAAUCAAUGGUAAAAAACUAAUUUUAUUUUGCUGAACCAGAGCAUUUUAACAAACAAUAUGUCAUUGUCCAAUAUAUCUCCACACAAACACAUUAGCAUAUAUAUUUAAUUAUAAAUUCCCUUAUUAAAAUAGUGUAAACUAAAGCAAUACAUUGACCUCGGAGAUAUAGACAGCCAUUUGAUACAAAAACCCAGAUAAUCCAUGAUACCCAUGAUAUUUGAGAGUAUCUGAUGUUUCAUCUUGUAGGAGGUUGUACAUUAUUCCUACAGAAGGAUGUUUAUAUAAUUUCAUGUUUAUUCUAUUUGCUAGCAACUAAAUCUAGUUUGAAUGGUAGAAUAGUGGUGCCUGGUGGCUGCUAUCAAGAAUUGCAUGGCCAAUUACCAUGAUUUAGCUUAGACGCUCACUUAGAAAUUUCAUUAAGUUAUACCACACGUAUCCAAGAUUAAUAUAACCGACUGUAGUGCCGGGGUUUGUACACAGCUCAUUAUACAAAGAAACGCCUUCUAACGGUUUGUAGCAAUACGGUCAAGUAUUUUAUCAUAUUUGAUCUCUAAUAAUCACAUGUGUGCUAACUCUGCUAGCAGGAGAUGUACCAGCUAGCUCAGUGCUCUUAGCUCCGCGGCUAACUCGGUCGGUAAUCUCUGGUCCGCCCGGCUGGCACCCGGCGGCUGCACUAGCAAGAGGCAGUCAUGUCAGGGAUCAAGAGGAAAAUAGAGGAUAAUGAUCCGGACUACGAAGACAUAUCACAUAUCCAAGAGAGCAAACGAAAUAAAGUAGUCGAACAUAAUGCACGGGAGGCGACGGUGCAGAAGAUUGAAGCCAUCAUCAGAGAGCAGUUUUCUCUAGAGAUGAAGAAUAAGGAGCAUGAAAUAGAAGUGAUAAGCCAGCGACUCAAUGACGCAAGAAGGAUGAUGGACAAGCUAAGGGCUUGCAUAGUGGCCAAUUACUAUGCCAACGCUGGACUGACCAAAAUCCCAGAGCACACCACCAAGAGCGAUGCCACGGUGCUGAACCACCCGGCCAUCAGGCGCUUCCUGGAGUCCCCCUCCCGCUCGUCCUCACCACUCAACCAGGGCUCCGAGACGCCCUCCAUACCCCCCUCCGAGUCCGAGUCCCUCUCCCAGCACGGGGAAGGGGCCGACAGAGAGAGGGCGUCGUGGAGGGAGGGCGGCAGCAGAAAUGAGCGCCGGCCAGGCCGCAACACGGGGAAGGACACGUUUGGCGUUUCGGCGCCGUCAGAGCCUGCGGAGCCGAGGGUGGCCUACCAGGCCGGCAGCGACGAGGCCUCCCGGCUCUUUAUGAAGAAGACCAUAGUAGUGGGGAAUGUUUCAAAGUACAUCCCGCCCGAUAAGCGGGAAGAAAACGAUCAGUCGACCCACAAGUGGAUGCUGUAUGUGCGGGGCUGCAGACGGGAGCCCAGCAUCGACCACUUUGUAAAGAAAGUCUGGUUCUUCCUGCACCCCAGCUAUAAACCAAACGACCUGGUGGAAGUGAGUGAACCCCCUUUCCAUCUGACGCGUCGAGGCUGGGGGGAGUUCCCGGUCAGGAUCCAGAUCCACUUCAAAGACCCCCGCAACAAACGCGCGACAGCAUCCAUCCACCAGUUGAAGCUGGACAGAACGUACACGGGGCUGCAGACACUAGGGGCAGAGACUGUGGUGGAUGUGGAGCUCCACAGGGACUCCCUAGUGGACGACUAUCUCCCUUUGCCCUCCUCCUCCAAGUCGAGCCGCAGGGCCGCCAGCCCCCCCUCCCCCCUCCCCCUGCCCCAGGCGGCGGGGCGUCCCGGCUCCCCCGCCGCACCACUGCAGGACGACAUGUUGGAGAAAGGUCUGAUCAAGACGGAGACGUGCCGGGCCCAGGGGGGCCACGGCGAGGGCCUCUGCACCCCCACCCGCCCCAAGGCCAGCGACAAGAUCACCCUGGGCUCCCACGGCAACUCCGCCUUCCAGCCGAUCACGGCGAGCUGCAAGAUCGUCCCCCAGGCCCAGUCGCCCACCCCCGCCGAGGCGCCCAGCAAGUCGUUCCAACCGAUCACCAUGAGCUGUAAAAUUGUGUCGGGAUCCCCCGUCUCCACCCCCAGCCACUCCCCACUACCACGCACCCCCACCACCUCCACCCCCGUGCACAGCAAGCAGGGCUCCUCCACCCUGCUCAGCAACCCUUACAUCAUCGUCGACAAACCCGCCCACCCCUCUGGCCCAGUGGGUCCCUCUACCAAGCAGUCCGUCAGCCAGGGCCCCCGCUCUCCGGCCCCCAAAGUUCACGCCACCGGCGGCUUCCUGUCCUCGGGAAUGAAGGUAAUAAUCAAGCAGGAGCCAGGCGAGGUUUCCACUCAGCAGCAGAUGGUUUCCACGGCAACCGCCCAGCAGCAGCAGCAGUCAGUUGCCACGGCGGCGCAGCAGUUUGUCGCAGUGAAGGGCGGUCAUGUCGUUUCCAUGUCUCCCCAGAAACCGGCGGCAGGGGCCACCGCGGCCAUGACGAGCAAGAUGCUGGGCCUCCCCGUCAGCUCGGCCCUCCAGUCUGCGGUGAAGCAGGUGGCCAUCAGCAGCGGGCAGAUCCUGGUGGCCAAGGGGAACCCCUCCAGCUCCAAGGGCAUGGGCGGCAAACAGGCGGUGGCCCAGGGCGUGGCCAAAGCCCUGGUCAGCGGGUCUGGGAGCGCCGCCGGCCAGCAGGCGUCCACCAAGACCACCGGCGGAUCGGGAAGUGGGAAGAGCGGAGUGAUGGCCACUCUCCAGCUGCCUGCCAACAACCUGGCCAACCUGGCCAACCUGCCCCCCGGGACCAAGCUGUACCUGACCACCAACAGCAAGAACCCCUCUGGGAAGGGCAAGCUGCUGCUCAUCCCCCAGGGAGCCAUCCUCCGUGCCUCCAACUCAGCAGGCCAGCAGUCCCACGGCAGCUCGUCUACAAGCACAGGUGGAUCGCACCCCCCCUCCUCGUCCUCCUCUUCCUCUACCUCCAGCAGCCUGCCGUCAAACCUCUCGUACACGUCGUAUAUCCUCAAGCAGACCCCUCAGGGCACAUUUUUGGUUGGGCAGCCGGCGCAGGGGUCGGGGAAGCAGGGGGGGUCCAGCUCCUCCAGCUCCUCCCCAGCCACCCAGCAGGCCAUCCGGGUGACCGCCGGCCAGAAGGCCGCCAUCCUGGCCCAGGUGGUGGGCGGCGCCCAGGGCUCCCAGGUGAAGCUGUCGGACGGCUCCGUGAAGGUGGCCUCGACGGCGGGGAGCCACCUGUCCAAGCCGGGGACCACCACGCUGAGGAUGACGGGCGGGGUCAUCACCGCGGCCAGCUCCACCCCCAGCUCUACGACGGAGGGCCCCCGGCCGACGCCCCAGCAGCACCACCCCGUCCUGAUGGCGGCCAACCAGGCGGCCGUCAUCAACGCCGCCAAGAACGCCAGCGCCGCCAGCGCCGCCGCCGCCGCCGCCAGCAGCAGCAGCAGCCUGGCCAAGAGCACGGCGGCCGCCCUGGUCAAGGCCGGGGCGGCCGGCGGGAAGGCGGUGGCGGCGGGGGCUACGGCGCUCACGGUGGCCAAGAGCAUCGCCAACAUGCCGGUGGUGGGUCCGCCCAAAGGGGCCGGCGGGGGCAAAGGCCCCGGGACGUCCCUGGUCACGGCGGCCUCGCUGGUCAGCAGCAUGGCGGCCGGCGGGAAGAGCGGGUCAGGCAUGCUGAAGAUCCACCCAGGGAGUUCAGGCGGGUCCCAACAGACGGUCUUAAGCCUCCCCACCAACCAGCUGAAGCAGCUGGCGGCCGGGGCCGGGGCCAUGCAGUCCAUACUCAUGCCUGUUGGCAAAGCCGUGUCUAAAGGUCCAGUCCUCAGUGCUCCUCCCUCUUCCUCCUCCACCAUCACCCCCUAUACUCCUGGAGCCGCCGAGGCUGGAGCCUCCCCCAGUCCUGCCAGCCAGGCCCCCCUACCUCUCACCCUGCCUCUGGCACAAGUUAAAACAGAGCCGUGUGCGGCCACGCCCGUCUCGUCCCCCGUUCCCUCCUCCACGUCGGCCCUCCUCCCGCCUGCCGGACCCCCCACCCCCAACGUCGUCGCCGCCACCGUCAAGACGGAGCAAGGGCCCGACACCUCGCCGCUAGAUCUCAUCAACACGGAACACGUAGAGACCAUGAUGCAGCUGCUGACCGCCGUGGUGAAGAAGUUCCCGCUCAUCGUGCCGGACAAAACGGAGGACUCCCAUCCGUUCUGCGCCUCGUCGGAAGAGCAGUACUACUCGUGGAACAUCGGCAAGCGCCGUGCGUCAGAGCUCCAGCGGGCGGUGGCCGUGAAGCGCGUGGUCCAGGACGUGCUGGACCGCUCGCCCCGGCUCCAGGCCCUGACCCCGCCCAAGACCCGGGAGGUGGUCCAGUGGUGCCGGCAGAGGGGGUACACGCCGCCGGACCCCGAGCCCCAGCGCCGGGACGACGAGGAGUCCAUGGAGGACAUCCUCACGCAGAUAGACAGCGAGCCUGAGUGUCCGUGCACACUGGGCAGCAGUGAGGAGCUCCUGCAGAGGGUAGAGCAGAUGCAGGCGCUGCUGAAGAAGGAGCCCGAGGAGCCCGACAACGAGAUCGUGGACAUCGUCACGGUGACGCCGGCCUGCCACCGGCUCAAGGAGGUCAAGGAGGAGGAGCCGGAGUCGGACCCCGAGCCCAGGUUCUUCCUGGGCCCCUCCCCCUCGGACCAGUUCAUCCAGGAGACGGCGCAGCAGAUCGGUGUGGCCUUCCAGCCGGUGGAGGUGGAGAAGAACGUGUUCGCCCCACUGGUGGAGGCCAUGAUCCUCAAGGCGACAGAGCAAUUUGCGAGUGACAUCCUGAGAGAGGCCUUGGCCGGGGCGCACGCUAAAUCUCCCCAGAACAGGGUUCCCAGGGAGAUCAGCGCCAGUAACCUGCACCAGGCUGCAAGCAGUAUCCCCACCUGUGACUUCCUCACCAACGUCCACAUGGGCUACCUGUCCAAAGACGACUGACAAGCCCCCGCCCACCAUCACUUCACCCUUUGAACCUGAACCAGGAAUGACUAAGACACACAAACGGACUGUCGAGAGACUGCCUGCACCCGUGGCGACCACACACGCGUGUGUGUGUGUGUGUGUGCGUGUCCCACUUGAUUCUGCUCAACAGCUGCAGAAGUUGUGAAACAUUUGGAACUGACGAAAGAAACCAACUACAAAACCAUUUCCCUGUUGCUAAAUGUCACUGCAGGGGGCGGGGCUAUGUACCAUGGGGGGCCAAUCGUGUAAAGCUCUUCACUUCAACAACCAAUCAGGGGCACUCAAUAGACUUUAACUGUACACAACGAGACAGACGAUAUGGAGUUGGGAUAAAAAGCUGCAUAACCGUUGGCCUCCAUGGGCGACUUCGACUGCUUUAUGGACAUCAGACAAACACUAGCAGUACUGUAUUCACUCGUUGACUGUAAAAGGGCUCUGCUUUUCCUUUUCAUAACUGCCACAUGGAACGAUGUCACAUUACCUGUUUAGAGUAGAGGAGAACUGUUGUUUUAGUCCAUAUCCAUGGGAGAAGGGAAGUGUUUUGGGGACGUGUGUCUUAUACAUUUGGAUUUAAUUUAUUUGUUCUCCCCUCACGAUCACGCACAUUAUAGCAAGAUUAUUGUGGUGAAACGUGUGGAAGGUCUGUUACUGGCCAUGUCGGUUGACAGCUGAUAUAGAUUAUGGUUGAGAGCAUUUCCUAGUUAGGAAUUAUUGGCAUUUCCUAAUGUAAUGAUGAGUUUAAGUGAUGUUGUUUUUCAUGGGCAACCAUCGAUCUGGAACUACGAGCAUGUUAUGGCAUGCCUCAUUCUAGAGACGCCUCUCUGGCAUCCAUGGUUACUGGACAUGAUGGGCUAGCAAUGCUAUGAUUGUGAGUCUGUAUGAUUGGCAGUGAGUUGUCCGGGAUGGGCCAGUGAUGCUUGCACAGUGUUAGGUUUUUAUGUGCGGUAGCUUACUCUAAACAGAGUGUUAUCUGUCGAAAAGAGAAAAUCUAUGCUCUUCAGCCUUUACUUGCAACACAGGCCUGAUAGAAAUGUCACAUAUACCUAACGAAACCGUCAGCUAAACAAUUUAAUUAUAAACUAUUACUGAGGCUGCUGGCUAACUUCUGCAGUCCAUGGAAUAAGCCACUUAACAAGUCCUACUGUUAAUGUUUUGUUUGUUUGUGUGUGUGUGUGUGUGUGUGUGUGUGUGUG